AAAUUAUAUCAAUUUGUGACAUCUUGUAACUCCUAUCAAAUUGUAUAUACAAGUAGAUUCGUCUUUUAGCCAGUAAUUAGUUGAAAUGUCGACAAAAAGUGAAAAAGAUCGUGCUAAACAAAUACAAGAUAAAUGCCAAAGUGUUUUAAAUGAAUUACUUAGAGAUGAAGAUAAUAAAUAUUGUGUCGAUUGCGACACUAAAGGACCACGUUGGGCAUCAUGGAAUUUAGGUGUAUUUUUAUGUAUUCGAUGCGCUGGUAUUCAUCGUAAUUUAGGAGUACAUAUUUCAAAAGUCAAAAGUGUUAACUUAGAUUCAUGGACUCCUGAACAGGUUGCAUCGUUACAACAAAUGGGUAAUAGUCGAGCAAGAGCAGUUUAUGAAGCAAAUCUUCCAGAUAAUUUUCGACGACCUCAAAGUGAUUCCAGUUUAGAAUCUUUUGUUCGUGCGAAAUAUGAACAUAAAAAAUAUAUAGCCAGAGAAUGGGUUCCGCCGCCAUUGCCUAAAGUAAAUUGGGAAAAAGAGAUUGACGAAGAAAUCGAACGUCAAAAACGUAAGAAAAACAAGUAUACCGAAAGUAAAUCGAUAACAAUUAAACCAAGUGCUGAAAUUCCUCAAUUACCAAAACCGAAAUCGGCCCAAUCGUCUAGUAAUACGAAUUCUGUAACAAAUAAUAAUUUAAAAACAAGUAGUUCUCCAAAACCAACUGCAACAACGAAUGAAACGCCAAGUAAAAGUAAUGUCGAUUUAUUAAGUUUAAAUAGCGCUCAACAAAAUAGUGUAGACAAACAAAACGAUGACGCAUUUAGUAGUUUCUUGUCAGGACCUACCGAGUCUGUAAAAAAAGUCGAAACUGAUAAAUCGGAGGAGGAGAACUUUUUUAAUCAACCAGCGCCAACUGAAAAAGAGAAGACUCAAUUAACGAAGGAUAGUAUUUUAGCUCUUUAUGGGAAUACACCAAAACAACAAACAAAUUUAUUUCAAACACCAUUUCCAACAAAUUUUCAACAAGCUGGUGCUGCCUUUCCACCAACUGCAUUUGGUGGUCCAGUGUCUCAACCACAAAUUCAACAACAGCCACAAAUACAAAAUGCUUUUCCUGGAUAUAACGCGUUUAAUGGUUACAAUCAAUUUUUAAAUCAACAACCCACGCAGCAAGCACAAUUUGGAGCAUUUGGACAAAAUUUUGCUCCACAACCAGCCGCCAUACCGCAGCAAAUGGUUGCACCCCAACAGAAUUUUGGUUUAAUGGGUAGUGCCACAUCGAAUACCGUUCCUCAAUUAUUUCCACAAGAUAAUAGUUUCUUUCAACCAGCUCAAUGUUUUGGGGUAACGCAGCCGCCACAACCACAACAGCAAUUUACUGCAAAUAUGAACAGUCGACCGACGCCCGUUCAAAAUAUUGUUCCUAAUCCAUUUUUAACACAACCGGUUUCAAAUAAUAUACAGCAACAAUUUGGGAAUUUAACAUUAAAUAAUGUUGUUCAACAGCCGGCUAAAGUAACUACAAAUGUUUGGCAAUAAAUGUUUUAGAGAUUUUGUUUAGUGAUUUUAUCCUUGAUCAUGUUUCAAUCUCUUGCAUUUAAAUUCAACAAAUUCUUUAAAAAAAUAUAUAAUUUUCAGUGCAAUUGAACUUAUUAUUCGUUACUAUUAUUAUUCAUAAAAAAGUAUUCUUCUUUUUAAGCAUUAAUUUGGUGUUUUUGUAUAGUGGCGUAACAACUUAGGAUUUCAAAACCUGAAAAUUAAUUUCGUAUGGAGAAUCUUCUACCACACUCGUGAAAAUUGUGAAGAUAUCGAGGUACGGGUUUUUGAAUUUCUUGUAAAGAUGCUUUUCUACAUUUAAUACUAAGAAAAAGCAGAAAAAAACUUUGUUAUUUUUUAAACGAUAUGGGCAAUAUGUAUUACUUCCAUGUAAAUGUGCGUUAGUUUACUUGCUUUUUGUCAUCUCGAAAAUAGUUUUUUUUUAAUUUUACUGUGAUAGUUCAAUGAUUAUUUUAGGCUAUAUUUUAUGGCAGUAUGAUAGAGGCAGAAUUUUUCGGGAUCAGCUAGUUAUCUAAAUAAACUGACUAACGUUGUGUCUUUGCAAUUACUAAUAUAAUUCUGAUACAGUCCCUUAUUUGGUCUUUUUUAUCAGUCUCUUUUGGAAAAUGAUUCUGAAAACAAUGACUUCUAUUGAAUGUGUAAGUCAAAGGUUCUUUUUCUUUACGCAAAAAUUACACCAGUUCUUUUCAUGUCCAGUGACUGCUUAACUACUGCAAACAGCAAAUUAAAAGGGGGUGGACCAUUUUAUUCUAUUAUGGCUUAUAUAUCGUUUCAUAUUUAACCAAUCGAAAAAAAACUUAAACCAAAGUUGCAAAGUUUGAUGGGGGAACACCAUAUUCUGGCAUCAGAUUGGACAUAAUUCUGCCGGUUGCCUCAAUUGUCAAUUUAGAUUGUAAAAGUUAAGAGAAUUCUUUUGAUUAAAUGGAAUAAUCAUAUAUUUUUAAGUUGCAUAUCCUCCGAAAGCUAACGAUUUUUGAAAAAAUGUUUUGAAUAAAAAAUGUUUUUUUUUUUUUUUAUGAGGAUCAACUUUCUAAUUUAAAGUGUUAUUCUAUCUCUUACAUUUUACGAUCUAACCUGACCAUUAAAGAAUCCCGGAGAACUAGGUCCAAUAUGUCGUCAGAAUAUUAUGCCCACCAUCAAACUCUGAAACUUUUGUUUGUUAUUUUUUGGUUGAAGUACAAAACGGACUAUUAGCGAUAAUAGAUUAAAAUGGCCCCUGUAUACCGCGGAGAAAUCCACUAUAUGUGUAAUCGGCUUAAUAACGUACGAAUAUGGUUGUAGAAAACUAAUUUUUUUGUAAGAAAUAUGGAUAGGGUUGAUCAGUUUGGGGCUGAAGAAAGGAAAAUAAUCGCGUGAUUUUAUUUCAAUUUUUACAUAUUUAGAAAAACAUCGAAACACAUUUUUAAAAUCAUGGCGAUACAAAAUUUUAUCUAAUUUUAAUUCUAUUUCAUUAUAUGUAUAAUAUUUUUAAAUAGUCGGAUACAAAGUGCAUUUAAACCGAUAAGGCUUGAUAGAUUCACUAAGUUUGUUCGGUUAAAAAGAUUGGUAGUUUUUGGAAGUCGGUUUAAAAUUUGUAUAUGGUGAAAUUAGAUGAUAUCUUACUACCAAUGUCUCAACAGGAAGAUACUUGUGCUAAAAUUAAAUAAUAAAUGAAUGUCAUGAUUAUGUUACGCCACUGGUUUUUUCUUAUAUCAUCCAUCGUAUUGGUACCUUUUUAAAUUUUAAUUAAUAAUAAAUUGAUUACAUCCUAUUUUUAAACGUUGCUCGUUAAUUUUGUUUUAACGCUUAUCGAUGUAUCGAAUGUAUAGAAAAAUACUCAAACUUACGACGAUAAAUUCUUAUUUAUUUCUUGCGUAUCAAGAGUAUGAUACUACAGGGUCUCACAGGACUGAAAAUAAUUCGUAUUAUAAAUUUGAGGAUACUUAUUUACGUAAUUUUUUAUGUUGCGAUGUGUUUUAGUAAAAUUAUUUUAGAAAAUUUUUUUGUUGUGAAAUGCCUUAAGCUGUAAGGGAACAUUUAUUGCAAACAAUGUUAGUUUAAUGAAUUUCGUGUAAACAUUUAAAAAAAAAACAUAAUCAACAAAAAACAA